GCCUAGUUGCUGUGUCUUGAUUAGUGACAGUGGAGUGUUAAAAACAUUUGAAAGAUAACUGGUAACCUACUUUAAAAUUCAGCCGUGUUUUGUAAAAUUAUAGUUUUAUGGUGUACUAUUUAGACCAACUUGACUACCUUUUUGAAACUCUAUUCAUAUUGAAAAGAGGUGAUUUCAGGCCUUAGCUUGAUAUAAAGUUUAACUCAAACAAGUAAGGUAACUUACAUAGCAGCUACACUGUCAAAGGAACAUGAAGUCGUCGAUCAAAGCUAUGAAAAGAAUAAACAACUAUGAAGUCUAUCCAAAAAAUGGUGUAGCUCAAACUAUUAUGUACCAGAAUAUGUCGAGUCACUAUCGCCGGAUCUAUAAUGCUAAACCUCGCAUAGACACUGGCCCACCUUUUUCUCACAGACCUAAGCCACACAAUACAUCUAAACAUCAUACUUGGAAUAAAAAAGAAAGUGAAUUUUUCCUACAGAAGCAGAGCGAGUCAUCAGUUUCCUUGAGCUCAAGCAAAUGCAGUAGACAAGGUUGUGGAGAGAGGGAAGUGCCCACCUUUAAGCCUCAAAUAACCAAAACUAAUGCUGAGUCAAAACUGCGCAAUUUAAGAGUGUACCACCCGCCUCGUAGACGAGUGUUCCAUACAUCCAGUACUUCCUUUCAAAUGAUCAAGAGUAAUCCUGAAGUAUCAGUUCCUGACAUACCAUGGAUUAGAGCAACAGAAGAUGCUAAAACAGAUUCUAAAGGCAGCAGCUCUGACUCGGCGUAUACAGAAGAAGGUGAAGGAAUGUGGUCUGGUGGAGAGAGUAGAGGCCCAACACCAGUGUCUGAUACCCAUAGAGUUACAAGGACUCGGCGUAUACAGAAGAAGGUGAAGGAAUGUGGUCUGGUGGAGAGAGUAGAGGCCCAACACCAGUGUCUGAUACCCAUAGAGACUCGGCAUAUAAAGAAGAAGGUGAAGGAAUGUGGUCUGGUGGAGAGAGCAGAGGCCCAACACCAGUGUCUGAUACCCAUAGAGUUACAAGGUUAA